CCUCUGCGCGUCUCUCGCCCCUCCCCUCUCCUCUCCUCCCCUUCCCCAACCCCUGAAGUGGUCGACUGGUCGCGAGCCAGCGGCCACCACCGUUUCCGCCGCGCACAGAUCCGCCCAAUCCCUGCGGCCCCUGGCCAGGGCUCCGGUACGAACGCCGCGUACCGCAGUCUCCCCUGCCCGACCAGCGUGUCACUUCCGGAUCGCGCAUCAGCAGCCCCUCCCUCCACCCCCGCGCGGAGCCGAGCCGACUCGACCAUAUUCGGCGGAAUCUGGCGAGGCGUCGGCCGCUACCGGGUUAGACUCCUCGGAAUUGGUGGCGGGUUGGUGGCCGGAGGCUAGUCGGGGAUGUCACCCGAGGGGGGAGUUCUAGGGUUAGGAUUUGGUGCCGUGGUGUGAGGCGAUGGCAGACGGGGGUAGGAUGAAGGGCGUGGAGGGGAGCGGGGAGGGUGCCGGGCAGGAUGAGGAGAGGGAUGAAGAUGCGCGCGAGGAGCCGGAGCUCGCACUGUCGCUGGGGCGGCGAGGGUGGCACCUGCCCCCGCAACCUCCGCCGGCGCCCGCGUUGAGAUGGUCGAUGGUCUUCUCGGCUUGGGACCCUGACGCUUCUGGGAGUUCUCGGGCUGCCGAGAGGAUUUGGGACUCACCUCCUGUCCCGCCGCUCAGGUUCCCUGACAUGUGGCGUGGUGUUCGUGCAGACGGUGAUGCAGGGGGUGCUGGGGAGACUGAGGAGCACAACGACGACGAGGAAGAGGAUGAGAUUGAGGAUGGAGAUAGGGACCUGCAGAAUAAACGUCCAAAGGUGCGAGGCUUUGGCGAAGAAAGCCCACAACAUUCUGGUGUUAAUGCAUCCUUCUUUGGAUUUGAACCACCACAUUUGAAUGCUUUUGCUGAACAUGAUCAUUUGAAGCUGUCACAUUGUCCAGAAAAUGAAUUGGAUUUUGGUUUAUCACUUUUCUCAAAUGAUGGUGGGAAUGAAAUUCAAAGGGAGACCAAUAAUCAGGAGGCCGGUGGUUUAGAAAAAUCAGGUGACAGAAAUGCUGAAGGCGUUGCAAUAAGAAUGGAUCUGUCUGAUGAUCUCUUGCACCUGAUAUUUUCCUUCUUGUGCCAGAAGGAUUUAUGUAGAGCAGGCGCUGCCUGCAAACAGUGGCAAUCUGCUUGUAUACAUGAGGAUUUCUGGAAGUGUUUGAAAUUUGAGAACACCAGAAUAUCUCUGCAGAACUUCGUUAAUAUCUGCCACCGUUAUCAGAAUGUGACGGAUCUCAAUUUAUCUGGUGUCUCAGAUGCUGAUUUGCUAGUGAUGGAUGCAAUAACGUUCUUAAGGCACCUUAAGACAUUAACAAUGGGUAAGGGACACCUAGGAGAGGCAUUUUUUCAAACUUUGGCUGAAUGCCCAUUGCUGAAUACUUUAACAGUCAGUGAUGCAUCCCUUGGUAGUGGCAUUCAAGAAGUAACUGUUAAUCAUGAUGGACUGCGUGAACUUCAAAUUGUGAAGUGUCGUGUACUCAGAGUAUCUAUCAGAUGUCCGCAACUUCAACUACUGUCUCUGAGGCGAACUGGCAUGGCUCAUGUAUCACUCAAUUGUCCUCAGUUGCUUGAAUUAGAUUUUCAGUCCUGCCAUAAGCUUUCUGACACUGCAAUUCGUCAAGCUGCUACAGCGUGUCCACUGUUAGCGUCACUAGAUAUGUCCUCCUGCUCGUGUGUUACUGAUGAGACAUUGCGUGAGAUAGCUUCUGCAUGUCAAAAUCUUUCUGUUCUUGAUGCAUCGAACUGCCCGAACAUCUCAUUUGAGUCGGUAAAGCUUCCAAUGCUGAUAGACUUGAGACUAUCAAGUUGCGAGGGUAUCACAUCUGCUUCAAUUGGUGCGAUAUAUUAUAGUCGUAUACUUGAGGCAUUGCAACUUGACAAUUGUAGUCUGUUGACAUCUGUGUCUUUGGAUAUGCCACAUCUCAGGAAUAUUAGUCUUGUACACCUGCGCAAGUUUGCUGAUUUAAACCUGCGAAGUCCUGUGCUUUCUUACAUUAAAGUUUCCAGAUGUUCAGUACUUCGUUGUGUAAGCAUAACAUCAAAUGCUCUUCAGAAACUGGUGCUUCAAAAGCAAGAGAGCCUGUCUAGUUUAUCAUUGCAAUGCCACAAUUUAAUUGAUGUGGAUCUUAGCGAUUGUGAAUCAUUGACAAAUGAAAUUUGCGAAGUUUUCAGUGAUGGAGGUGGUUGCCCUAUGCUCAGGUCAUUAAUUCUUGAUAAUUGUGAGAGUUUGUGUGUUGUGGGACUGAAUAAUAGUUCUUUAGUUAAUCUCUCACUUGCUGGUUGCCGUUCGAUGACAUUCCUGAAACUUGCAUGCCCAAGGCUUCAAAUGGUGAAUCUUGAUGGUUGUGAUCAUCUUGAAAGAGCAUCAUUUUGUCCAGUUGGUCUUGAAUCCCUGAAUCUCGGAAUUUGUCCAAAGCUGACUGUCCUACACAUAGAGGCCCCUAAUAUGUCUAUAUUGGAGCUGAAGGGUUGUGGUGUACUUUCUCAGUCUUCAAUUAAUUGUCCUCGAUUGACAUCUUUAGAUGCCUCUUUCUGCAGACAGCUUAUGGAUGAUUCACUGUCCCGGACAGCAGAGGCAUGCCCCCUCAUCGAACAUCUUAUCCUGUCAUCAUGUUUAUCCAUUGACAUCACUGGAUUGUCUUCACUGAAUUGCCUUCAUAUGCUGGCCUUGCUUGACCUAUCAUAUACAUUUUUGAUCAACUUGAAGCCGGUUUUUGACAGUUGUCCACAGUUAAAGGUCUUGAAACUUUCAGCUUGCAAGUAUCUGAGUGAUUCUUCUUUAGAUCCACUCUACAGAGAGUGUGCUCUCCCAAUGCUUACUGAGCUAGAUCUAUCGUACUCGUCAAUUGGGCAGACUGCGAUAGAGGAACUUCUUGCAUGUUGUACAAAUCUGGUUAAUGUUAACUUGAACGGUUGCACGAACUUGCAUGAAUUGGUAUGUGGGUCAGAUUAUUGCUCGUCUGUUGACAUGCCAAUUGAUGUUUGCCCCUCUUAUUCCGCACCAGACAAGACUAAAGAGAUCAAUGAGAGCCCCUAUUCUCUGCUUGAAGUCCUCAACUGCACUGGUUGUCCAAACAUUAAGAAAGUUGUUAUUUCUUCAGUGGCAAACUACCUGAAUUUGUCCAAAAUCAACCUUAAUCUUUCAGCACACUUGAAGGAAGUAGAUCUAAAGUGCUCCAAUCUUUACAAUUUAAACCUGAGCAAUUGCAGCUCACUAGAGAUUCUGAAGCUUGAUUGCCCAAGAUUGGCUAACCUCCAACUUCUGGCAUGUACUAUGUUGCAAGAGGAGGAACUAGAAUCUGCACUAUCUUUUUGUGGUUCAUUGGAGAUCCUCAACGUACACUCUUGUCCAAAGAUAAACGCUCUGGAUUUUGGCAGACUGCAGGCCGUUUGCCCAACCCUUAAGCGCAUCCAGAGCAGCCUCAUUGCGUAGUAUGAAGGAUGUUGUCAUCUUGAUGGACCAGAGGAACUAGCCCAGUCCAGAUCUAUAACACUAGUGCCUCAUCGUGCUGCCAUUGUACAUACUAGUGCAGCAUCGCCAAUAUAAUGCACGGCAGCGUCUAUUAGGAACCAGGACCGAUGUGUGCCUAUUUUCUUUUGAAGUAAUAAGUACCUUGCUGAAUAGCUGGAACAUGGAAAGUGUUUGUUUGUAUUUGCUUCUGAAGUGCACCGAUGAAGCAAGCAGAUCUGUACUCCGGUUUAUAUGACUGAAUAAUCAUCUUGUUUGGAUCUGAAUUAGUAAUUUAUUAUAUGCCAUGCUUAUUCUGUGUGAAUUAA